ACGGCGAGUGUUUUGAAAUCGUUUUCCCUCAAAAAAAUCCAAAAAAUCCAAUUUUACAGAAAUUUCAAUUUCAAAAAAAGUUCAGUCCGCAACUGAACGAAAUUUCCCUUCGAAUUUCCAUCAAAAUCAUCUCAGCUGUAAAUCAUGUCAGAUGACUUUGUGGAAGAAUUCGACACGGAUGACGAGGCAGCUCCAUCAACAACAAAUCCUCCAUUGGACUCUGUUUUAACAAAUUCCGAGAACACAAACAAUGAAAAUCGCGAAAAAGAGUUGAAAAGCAGCGAAAGUACGACUUCAACAGCUUCGAAUGACGUUUAUGCGGCAAAUACGACAUACACUGACGACGGAACUGCCAUUUAUACGGAUCCAGAGUCGAAAUUUCAGUACAAAUGGUGCACAAAAGAGAACAAAUGGGUGCCAUACCAAACGGGCGACUCAAAUCCUUUUGAAAAUGAAUUCUAUUUUUGGUGCACGGAGAAAAACGGAUGGCAAUUAAAGGCAAAUUACGACUACGACGAGGAAAAUAAAAAAUGGAUACCGAAGGAAGGUGUCGAAAUGUUCGGCGGAUAUCAAGUAACGAUCGCUGAAGAUGGAACAAAAACUUACACAGAUUCGGAUGGCGUGACGUACGAAUGGGAUUUCGAGAAAAAAGCUUGGUUUCCAAAAAUUGACGAGGAUUUCAUGGCAGUUUAUCAGAUGAACUACGGGAAUUAUGUGCCGAGCGAAGAAGACAAAGAAAAAGAACGAAAAAAACGUGAAAUGCAAGAAGAAAUGAAAAAAAGGAAAAAAGUAGAAGAAAAUGAGGAACCUGCAAAUAAAAAGAUGAAAAAGAAACCGGAAGCUCCAAAAUGGUUCGAAAUCGCGCCCGAACACAACACAAAAGUUUACGUCGAAAAUUUGCCUUUGGACAUUACGGAAGAAGAAUUUGUCGAGUUGAUGUCGAAAUAUGGAAUGAUAUUCAAAGAUCCAACGACGAAUAAGUUUAAAGUGAAGCUGUACAAAAGUCCUGAUGGGCAUUUGAAAGGAGAUGGAUUGUGCACGUACAUUAAGGUUGAGUCUGUUGAUCUGGCGAUUAAUCUGUUAGACGGCUAUAAUUUACGCGAUCAUAUUUUAAAAGUACAACGAGCCAAAUUCGAAAUGCGUGGCGAAUAUAAUCCAGCGUUGAAGCCUAAGCAGAAGAAGAAGGAGAAGGAAAAGAUUAAGAAAUUGCAGGAAAAAUUACUUGAUUGGCGUCCCGAUAAAAUGCGUGGCGAACGUUCGCGCGAUGAACGUAUCGUCGUCAUUAAGAACUUAUUUGAUCCGAAACUCUUUGACGAGAAAUGCGAACUCAUCUUGGAGUAUCAAAACGAUUUGCGCGAAGAAUGCGGCAAGUGCGGUACUGUGCGUAAAGUCGUAAUUUAUGAUCGCCAUCCAGAAGGCGUUGCUCAAGUCAUCAUGGCAGAUCCCGAAGAGGCGGAUAUCGUUGUCAAAUUAAUGAACGGGCGAUUUUUCGGGCAACGACAACUUACUGCGUACACGUGGGAUGGCAAAGAGAAAUUCAAGAUGUCAGAAACUGAUGCUGAAAUGGAAGCUCGUCUCUCACAAUGGGAUCGAUAUUUGGAAGCAGAAGAUAAUAAAGAAGAGGCUUCUGAAGCAAAAGUUGUUCCUGAAACGAAAACUGAGUCAUAAAAUUUGAUACUUUUUAGUAAAAUUCUCAAAAAAAUAUGAAAUAAAAGUGAAA